AUGUUGGAAAACCUACCUCCCGAACUUAUCUGGGCCAUAUUCUCCGAAAUGGGAGACCGAUUUGACUUUAAAUGUUUGUCCGAAGUGUCAAAAGCUCUCAAUGCUUUUACAAACCCGUUUCUGUACAAGUCUAUCCUCAUAACGACGAGCAGGAAAGCAAGCGGGAUCAUAAAAGCACAUCAGAGGGCUGGAGUGCUCCGUUAUACCAAGGAUAUUCAAGUUGCGAGCGAAAAGGAUGAGCGCUGGCUUGACCCGAAUAAUCCGAAUCAGAUUCUCUGGGAGUCCAGAUUCUCGCCCUGGCUUAAACUACCGAGAGAAAGGUAUCCAGAGCUUCUCGAUGAGUUGAAAUUCUUAGAAUGUGAUGAGAGUACUACUGAUCUCACUUGCCUGGAGCUGGGGGACAGGAAAAGGUGGAUUGACACGGAACUUGAUGCUCGGUUUUGCGAAGAGGCUGGUUACCUUGAACUCAGACUUCAAGUUCUAUCCAUUCUAAUCAGAUGCCCGGAAGGGGCGCUGAGGAGUUUUAGAUGGGACCGGGGUGACGGAAUUCCCCCCGAAAUCCUAAGUGAAGGAGGUUACCUUCCUACCAGACAAAACUUACUAGAGACCCUGAUUAUACGCGCCAAUGGUUGGCGUGGCUGCAGCUUUUAUUAUGCUCAUAUAUUCACAAACCUUAAAAGGCUGGUAUGGAGCGAUAUGGGGGCUAGCCACGAGCUUGAUACUCAAAAAGAUGACAUUAAGAGACUUCGAGACUGCCUUGAAGCUGUUUCGCACCAGCUAGUCUACCUUGAGCUCGGGCUUAAAUGGUGGGAGUAUUCGUACUAUGAUCCAGAAGAUGAAGAAGCCACUAUUUCGCAAGAGAUCAUGAAACCUAGUCCUGGUCCCGGAGGCAAGAGGUUCCAAUUCCAGAACUUACAACAUCUAUCUUUGCUGGGGUUUAACUUCCAAGAUGAUGGAGUUGACUUUGUCGGGGACUUGAAUCCAGCAACUUUAAAUACCUUAACGAUCAGGCUCUGUGGUCAGGAAUGGCCAAGCUUCCUUGAUCGGCUCAAUGCCUCAAACCCCCCAUUCAACCUAUGCACGGUAGAGAUACUGUCCUGGGAAGAUCCUGAAAAUUGGAGUGGCGAGAAUCAUGAUAUAGCGAGGUUUAUCAUGAGCUGCCAACCACUUGAAAACCUCUAUGUUGCUGUGAGAGAACAAGAUGGAGCGCUAGAAUUAUGGGAAGCAUUAUUACGACAUCAGGACUCCCUUAGAGCAUUCGUCUACUAUGUGGACCCGUCUGUCGGCACCCGUCUAGAUCCUACUCCAUUCCAUGUAAACAACGUUUCAUUUUCGAAACCCCACAAACACAACAUGAACACUGAAUGGAAUCCCCUCAGACAUCUUAAUCUAGAAUUUCUAGGACUCAGCUAUGACUUUAAAUACUUGGUUCCGGUUCUAGCUCCGGUUGCAAAAAACAAGCAUUUGAAGGUCUUACUUAUCCGAAGAAUAGAUACUGGUGUUAUUGAUGGCCUGGAAGCAGUCGAGCAUCUAAAAGAAGAGGAAAAGUCUCAAGAUAAUGAUUUUCUAGACUUUGAUGAGCUUGUUCAAUGGGCAUUUGGACUAGAAGGCUUUCCAUCGUUACAAAUGAUUGGGGUCGGCGAUUUUUCAGACAGUAUAAAGCCCCGUAGGAAUGCACUGCUCUGUCGUAAGUCUGACCUAGAGUCCGAGGGGGUGUUCCCUGGUAGGAGCUAUCGCUUUGUUACAAAGCACGAUCGGACCCAGCAGAGAUUACUUCAGAAGUAUGCUGACGCGAUGAUUGCUUGUCCUACCGACCAUAUUGAGGGUUGGGAGUGGUGUUGA